GGAAUUUAGCCGUCCCGUCCAUGGCCUCGCUGUAGUCUGCACUGACAAGCAACUUCUCCAUCAACCACCGACGUCCGUGCCUGAUUAGGUCAACUCGCGAUCCCGAUUAACAAAACCACAACCCAUAUCUCUACAAUCUCUUGCCUGCAACUCUCGUGAGCCAACUGUUGACCGGACAAGCCCGACAGUACCUAAUCACAGGAGGAUACCUACCACAAAGCGCAAAACACUGCCGGGCUGGGCUCACAGGUACGUGAAACAAGCACCACAAACAGACUUGAACCAAGUUGUGUCUCUCUUUCUUGUCGGCGCGAGAAAUUCAUCAUGUCGUACCCCGGUCCUCCAGGUGUCUCCAAAAGCACGACCCAUCCGUCGCUGCCUCCCCGACCGCCACCAGCAAAGCAGCCCGGCGGCUUCAAGCCUGCCUUCCAACCCGCGAUCCAUUCUGCGCGGUCCUUCAGCGCCGCCCCAUCUCCAUCUCCAGUUCCAGGCUAUCCCGCAACCCCAACAACCGCGGCAGCAACCUCGUCGUAUACGGCGGCUCCCGGCUAUGGCCCGGCUCUUGGCGCCGCCGCGCCCGGCACAGCCAGCUAUGGCGCGCCCACCUCAUACGGCGCUCAUCAACCAGCCGUUCCCGGCGUAGGAGAUGGCCGUGGCGGCUAUGGCCAAGCAAACAUGACAUACAGCAGUUACCCCCAAGCAGCAGGCUAUCAACAACAAGCCGCAUACGGAUACGGCACCCCCGGCACCGGCAGCUAUUCCACCCCGCCCCAAAUCCGCAACCCCUUUCCCGUUCCGAACGCCGCCCCGACCGCCGGCCACCAUGGUCAUCACCAUGACGCCAAUUACGACCCCGUCGAGGCGGCGCAGAUAGCGGCGUGGCAGAGCGCGUACAUGCCCAAAGACCCCAACGACCCCAACAAUGCCGUCAACAAGGUUGGCGGUGCCGGCAGCGUUCCCGGUGCGCGCGCUGCAGCCGGUGCCUACGGUGCAGGUGCCGCUCAAUACGGAGCCGCUUACGGUGCAGCGAUGGAUCCCGCGGCGGCCGCCGCCGCCGCCGCAGCAGGAGCAGCAGGAACAUCAACCGACCCCUACGCAGCCCACAACGGCAGCGGCGCGACGGGCGCCGACGGCGAGAAGAAGAAGACAGUAGUGCGCGAAGGCGGCGGCAAGAAGUGGACAGACGACACCUUGCUUGAAUGGGACCCCUCGCACCUGCGUCUCUUCGUGGGCAACCUAGCAGGCGAGACAACAGAUGAGUCGCUCCUCAAGGCCUUUUCACGCUGGAAGAGCGUGCAAAAAGCGAAAGUGGUGCGCGACAAGCGGACGACCAAGAGCAAAGGGUUCGGGUUUGUCAGCUUUAGUGACCCCGAGGACUUUUUCCAGGCGGCGAAGGAGAUGAAUGGCAAGUAUAUCCAGAGCCAUCCGGUGGUGGUGCACAAGGCCAAGACGGAGAUCAAGCCGACGGUGCUGAAGGACGAUCGAAAGGGCGGCAAAUGGAAGGAUAAGAAGAACACUCAGAAUAAGGAGAAGAAGAGUCGCAGUGGGAUGGGCGCCGGUGUGGGUCAUGAUGGAGGCGGUAGUGGUGGUGGUGCGGGCGGCGGGUAUGAGCCGCAUCUUGGACCUGCGCAUGGCAGUGGAGUGACCAAGCCUGGUCAGAAGACUAAAGGCGGAUUAAAGUUGCUUGGCUGAUCGUCUUGGCCGGGUUCACUUUCUCGUGCUUCACCUCAGGGCAUUAAGGAGCAUUGCGUAUUGAGGUACUUGUGCAUUCAGAAGAACUAUAGGGGCGUUAUGGAUGUCUGGGCUUAGGAAGCGAUUGUUGGAGACGUAAACCCCACUUUCAGCCAGUAGAGAUCGAGAUGAUCUCGACACUUCCCCAAAACAGUCAGCGAGUACCUUGAAUCAGUCAAAUCCAAUGCUCACUAGUA